UUCAGCUGCACUCUCUCCGCGAAUUUCGUUGUUAAAUAAACGGAAAAUAUUUACUUUUGAAGAAAUACAGACAUUUUGAGGGGCAAAGGGUGAGCGCUAAUUUAUACAAACGUCAAAGUGUGGACCGAUGUUAGUUUGCGUUGGAUUGUGCUUCUCGAAGUUAUUUGGCCAAAGGAGUUCUUUGGAACAAAAACUCUGUGCCUACUAGUAAAGGACAAAGUUAAUCAUGAUAAUAAAUAUAACGCACUUAGAACCGGCACUGGAUGCAGGUGUUCCCUCUACUGCCUCAGGAAUGGAAUUGUUUACUUCCAUCUCAACUGCAAGUGGAGAGGGCACUCCUUUGGCAGACUACAUGGAAGUAGAUAUGAACAAUUUAACCGCCCAGCCGAAUUCAAGUCUAUUCGUGACGCAGGGAAAAAAUCUCGUUGAUCGGUUUUCAAGAAAUCGCGCCGUCAGCGAUCAGUGGCAUUACGCACUCAUAAGUAUAUACUUGGGUAUGAUUAUAUUUGGCACAGUCGGCAACAUAUUCGUCGUGAUGGCGGUAGUGAGAAAGCCCAUAAUGCGCACCGCGCGCAACCUAUUCAUACUGAAUUUGGCUAUUUCUGAUCUACUGUUAUGUGUAAUAACAAUGCCUAUAACGUUGUUGGAAAUCCUCUCAAAGUACUGGCCGUUCGGGAUGUUGGAAGUAAUAUGCAAAUUAGUUGCCAUGCUGCAGGCGGUGAGCAUUUUCGUCUCGACCAUUUCCAUAACAGCCAUUGCCUUUGACAGGUAUCAGCUAAUUGUAUAUCCGACACGAGAAAGCCUUCAGGUUGGUGGUGUCGUAGCCAUUCUUGCUGGCAUUUGGCUGUUCGCGGUGCUGUUGGCCAGCCCUCUCUUCAUCUACAAACGCCUGGAACAGGCAGAAAUACCACCACUACUGGAAUCCUUAGGCAUCCAUGGUGUAUGCUUCUGUGUCGAAGAUUGGCCCGUGAGUCAUGGACGAUUCUAUUAUUCAAUAUUUUCGCUCUGCGUGCAAUACUUGGUGCCAAUACUGAUCGUAUCCGGUGCAUAUUUAGGCAUCUAUAAGAAACUGCGAAGUCGCACAACGGUGGUGGCAAUGCAAACGCCACAACGCAACGCGGAACGUGGCCGUCGUAUGCAACGGACAAAUUGCUUAUUGAUAACGAUUGCAUUGAUUUUCGGCAUAUCAUGGAUGCCCUUAAAUGUUUACAACUUAUACGCGGAUAUGCGGAGUCCAAUGGCGGUGACGGAACACAUGCUUGUUAUAUAUGCUUGUUGUCACAUGCUUGGCAUGAGUUCCGCGUGCACAAAUCCUCUGCUCUAUGGAUGGCUGAAUGACAAUUUCCGUAAAGAAUUUAGAGAAUUAAUAUGUGGUUCUAAAGAAAACACUAAUGUUGCUCUUAAUGGUCACACGACAGGCAGUGGACAGACACGGCGGAGACGAAAACACACCGAAAUAUCCAAAGGUGAUUUGAAGUUGUUGCCCAACAACAAUGCUGUUGGCUUACGAAGUGCCGUGACCGAGUCGAUAGCGCUGACAGAAAAUCCAAUUUCCGUUGAAGUGACAACUCUGACUGCGGUAAAUUGACAACUAAAACAAAAGCACCGACAACA